GCAACACUCCUAGAUUUUGCCGCUUAUUUUGGCGUCUUUAUCCUAGAAUUUGCGACUUUUCGCAAUCAUUUCGAGGCUAACAACAUGUCCAAGAAGUUGAACACCAGUGUGGGCGGAACGCCCACAAACACCUUGUUUAAUUACUUUACAAAAUCGCCGGCAGUUGACAAAAAGAAGUUGACGCCGAGCGGAAAAACAGAAUCUGCAGUUAAAUCCGAAGUGGCGGAAAAGGAGAAUCUCAAAAAUGGACAAACAAAAAAGGCAGAAACACCAAAGGAGACCAAACCGGCGGCCAAGAAGAAGCUAGCCAUGUCCGAUGAGGAGGCUCCCAAAAAAAGGAAACGCAUUCAGCAACCAGAGUCGGAGAGCGAGGAGGAAAUGGAGGAAACCAAAUCUGAGGAUGACUUCUCGGAGGCAUGCUCCGACUACGAGCCAGAUGCCAAUGAGGAUAGCGACGAUAGUGCCAGCAGCGGGGAUGAGGAGGUGGAGCCCAGCGAUGCCAGUAUGUCUGAGAACAGUCCAACUCCCAAGAAGUCUCGUAAGAAGGCAAAGACCAUUAACAACAACGACAUCGAGCCCACUAGCAAGAAACUAAAGCUCGACCCACCAGAGUCGCUGGUUGAGGGUUCCACCUUCCAAGAAAAGCUAAAGAACCUGCAGAGCAACGCCAAGAAGGACGCGGCUUACGACGAAAUAGUGACCACAACUUCUACCUUGGAUGAGCCGGUUAUAUGGCCGCAUCAGAAAUUGGAGUUCUUGCAGCCGGAUAAGAUCAAGGACAAGGCUGGCAGGCGCCCCGACCACCCUGACUACGAUAGCAGCACCUUGCUCGUACCAGAUAAGUUCCUGAAUGGUCUAUCCCCCGGUGUUCGCCAGUGGUGGGUUCUAAAAUCCGACAACUACGACUGCGUUCUAUUCUUCAAAGUGGGGAAAUUCUACGAGCUGUAUCACAUGGAUGCGGAUGUGGGCGUCAACGAGCUAGGAUUCACGUACAUGCGUGGGGAGUUUGCUCACUCUGGCUUCCCAGAAAUAUCCUUCGACAAAAUGUCCAACAUCCUCAUCGACAGAGGAUACAAGGUGGCUCGAGUAGAACAAACGGAAACUCCAGACAUGAUGACUGAGCGCUGCAAGCGUAUCAAGGCCACCAAAUUCGACAAGGUAGUGGCCCGUGAGAUUUGUCAGAUCACCAACCGCGGCACCCAGGUGUUUGGUUCGCAGUGCAAGAUCGGCCCCAAUCAUCAGCCCAAUUAUAUGUUGGCUUUAGUGGAGCAGGAUCUGGGCACUACAAGCCGCUAUGGCGUGUGCUUUAUAGACACCUCCAUUGGGGAUUUCCAUUUGGGCGAGUUCGAGGAUGACAAGAAUUGUUCCCGUCUGCUUACUUUACUCUCGCAUAACAUGCCUGUUUUGCUUCUUAAUGAAAAGUCCGCGUUGAGCCUUCGCACGCAACAGAUUGUGCGCACUGUCUUGGGUGGAAUCCUCAAGGAACAGGUUCCAGCCAACGGAUCCCAGGCCUGCAAUGCUGAGAAGACACUCAAACUUCUGGCAGAGCGCUACUAUGCCGGAAGUGGAUCAGACGACAAUUGGCCAUUGGUUCUUCGCACCAUGCAGUCGGAUUUGGAUCACUUGGGUCUCACGCCCAAUGAUGACUACAAAAUGGCCCUAAAAGCCCUUGGCGAGUGCAUCUUCUUCAUCCACAAGUGCAAGCUGGAGCCUAAGGUAUUGCCCAUGGCGCGCUAUCAUAUGUAUGUGCCACCUGAUCAGAUUGCGGACGCCAAACCAGCAGUGGCCUCCAUAUUGAGGCGUUCCCACAUGGUGCUGGAUGCCACCACCUUGUCAAACUUGAGGAUUAUAGGGGAGGAGCACAGCCUCCUGGCCACCUUGGAUCACUGUUGCACCAAAUUCGGAAAGAGACUUCUGCACCACUGGCUUUGUGCCCCGAGUUGUGAUGUGGCUGUAAUCGAGGAACGACAGGAAGCCAUAGGAGAGCUCAUUCGACUGCCCAGCGAGCUGCAGGAGAUCCGUGCUCUGCUGGCUCCGAUGCCGGAUUUCGAACGUAAUCUCGCGCAGAUUCAUCUUUUUGGCAACAAGCAACUGAAGGAGAUGAACCAUCCGGAUUCCAGGGCCAUCCUCUUUGAGGAGAAGAUCUACAACAAGCACAAGCUGCUAGGUUUCAUGGCCGUUCUGAAGGGUUUUAAUGCCCUGACGAAAAUACCGAUGAUGUUCCACCAAUGCGAGACUCCUUUGUUGAAGAGGAUUACCCAACUGCCAGAAUCAGGAGGCUCCUUUCCGGAUCUGAGCAAGGAGCUGAAGUACUUCGCCACUGCCUUUGAUCAUGACGCUGCAGCCAAAACGGGCGUGAUUGCUCCUCAACCGGGCAUGGAUGCGGAAUAUGAUUCGGCCAUGGAUGGAAUAGCGGAAAUCGAGAAGCGCUUGAAGACAUAUCUGGAGGAGCAAGAGCGCCACUUUGGGUGUCGCAUUAGCUACUUUGGCUCGGACAAGAAGCGUUACCAGUUGGAUGUGCCUGAAACUCAUGCCCACAAGGCCAACAAAUCCUACUCCCUGGAGGGACAAACCAAGGGAAAGAAACCAUGUCGUCGCUACACCACAGCGGAAACUCGAGCUCUGCUCAAGGACAUGCAGCAGGCGGAGGAGACCAGAAAUAUGGUACUUAAGGAUUUGGCGCGUCGCCUUUUCGAAAAGUUCUCCAAUCACUAUGAGCAGUGGAAGCAGUGCAUCGAUUGUGUGGCUAACCUGGAUGUCCUGGGCUCCCUGGCGGAGUAUGCAGGCCAACAAAUGGUCAUCUGUGUGCCAGAGCUGGUCUCUGGGGCAGAGCAGCCAUUCAUUCAGCUCGAAGAAGGCUACCACCCGUGUGUGAACGCCUCCACCUAUAUUCCCAACGGUCUGGAAUUGGGUACCAAGUCGGAGGCACCGCUUUCUCUCCUCACAGGCCCCAAUAUGGGUGGCAAGAGUACACUGAUGCGGGAACUGGGGUUGUUGGUCAUCAUGGCCCAGAUAGGAGCUCACAUCCCUGCAGCCAGUUGCCGGCUUUCGUUGGUGGACAGAAUCUUUACCAGACUCGGCGCUCAGGAUGAUAUCCUGGCUGGGCACAGUACCUUCCUCGUGGAACUCAAUGAAACGUCCCUGAUCCUGAAGCAUGCUACUUGCCAUUCCCUGGUGUUACUCGAUGAACUGGGCAGGGGAACUGCCACCUACGAUGGCACUGCAAUAGCCGCUUCCGUCGUCAAUUUUCUGGCCAAUCUCAAAUGCCGGACGCUGUUCUCUACGCACUACCACAAUCUAAUCGAUUUCUUCCACAACGACAAGAGGAUAACCCUGGGCCACAUGGCGUGCAUGGUGGAGAACGAGGAUAACGAAGAUCCCACCCAGGAAACGGUUACGUUCCUUUACAAGUACACGGCUGGAGCCUGCCCUAAGUCCUAUGGCUUUAAUGCAGCCAAAUUGGCUGGAAUGCCUCAGGGAAUCAUCAAGCGAGCUUAUGAGCUUUCCAAGAAGGUGGAGGCCAUAGCCCUGCAGCGUAAGAUUACAGCAAAGAUUGUAGCUGCCGCUGGAGGAAAAGAAAUUUCCAAAAAGGAGCAGCUAAAUGUCUUGAAGGAUUUGCUGCAACAAUUAAAGAAGUGUCAUGUUUAAGUUAC